AUGACAGAUCUGGAGGAGGUGUUGGCUCGACUGGGACUCUCCCAGUACCUAGGGCGGCUUAGUGAAGAGGGAUUUGAAAAAUGGGAGGCUGUAAUGGACAUUACAGAACAGGACCUAGCUUUCCUAAAUUUCAAGUUAGGUCAUCGAAGACUGUUGCAACGGGAGAUUGCGAGCGCGAGAGGGGUUCCACCAACGCAAGCAUUGACAUCCGUCCACAACUAUCCUUCUGACGACAUUGAGCCUGAGGACAGGUCAUCGCCAAAACCCUUUAAGCAGGAUUCUGGAAAAGGUAUUGCACCCACAGGAAAAAGAAAGUACAGACGCCAUCCAAAGCCUGAUGAACAUGCGCCGGAGAAGCCUCCUUCCGCGUAUGUCAUGUUUGCAAACCGCGUUCGAGAUGAACUCAAAGGGCAAAAUUUAUCAUUCACGGAUAUCGCGAAGCUUGUUGGCGAAAAGUGGAAAGUUCUGGAUCCGGAGAACAAGGAAUCAUAUGAGCAUGAAGCCUCGAUCGCCAAGGAGAAGUACAACUCGGAGCUGCUAGAGUACAAAAAGACAGACAGCUACAAAGAAUACAUCCAGUAUCUCUCAGACUUCAAAUCCAAAGCGAGCAAAGAAGGUAGGGAAGGGAGCGGUAAGAUCCACGAGACUUCCGACCUUUCCGCCGCUGCUCACUCUCCCACAGAACAAGCCGAAGCCAACCGGAAGAGGCCAAAGCUUGAGAGCGUUUCAACUACUAGCGCUAUGGGGUCUACUAUCACUAGCAAUUCAGUUAGUAUGGCGGCCGGGAUAAAUGCGACCGCACCUCCUGUGCUCGCGCUUGGUAGAGGAAGUGGUCCUACCGGUUCGGGUACGGCUACAUCUUCUGAUCAAAGUGCCUAUACAUCCCCUUCUAGCCAUGACUCGGGCACCCAAUCUAUGACACCCUCGACAUCGAGGGCGUAUCCGGUUUCACCCGUGCGCCGUUCCAGGUCGCCAUCUGAUGUUGCGCGAUACAGAGACGCCGUCUUGAGGUCCACCCAACAGCAACAGCAGGAGGCAUUUGUUGCACCCACAACUGAGCCCGAGUCUCCUUUCUUUACCCGAAUUCAUCCUACUAUCCAAAGCCCCCACAUUCAACAGCAAUCUUCAUUCAUGAGGCAUCAACCGCCUCCACUGGGCGCCCAACCUAUAUCCAGGACAGGGCCGCCUAUGCCGAGUCCUGCGAUGAGAAGGGCUAGCUUACGGUCCGACGAAACACUGCCUCCUACUCCGGCUUCCAUGAGUAGCGGGAGUUCCUCGGCACCCUCAUUAACACCCUCUGUUUCUUCUUCCUUCGAUGACGGCGGCCGCUCCCACCGCGCACUUCCUUCCCUACCCCCACCUACCCCUGGGCCCUCUGCUGGGACCGGAUAUUUUGACCAGAAGUCGCAUCGACCUUCUGCACCGCCCACACGUUCACCCCGCACUUACCAGCAGAGUCUUCCCCCGCCGCCAACUCCAGCGAGCAUAUCACCGUUCCAUGGCCACCAGGCCGCAAGCUCUCAUGCGUCGUCGACCCCGGGUCAAUUGGGGUCAGAAAAUAUGAAUACUUCAGUUGGAGCAAGCGCAGGAGGUAUAAACCCAUCUCCUCCCCAGUCCAAACCACCAUCUCAGCUGUGACUCACUGCGCGGCGUGGCGAAUGCAAAGCUCUGGGACUCCAAGCUACAAUUACGGGAAGCCAUGCGCACGCCUCGUUUGCGUAAUGGCAUCUACACCACCAAAACGAUAUAUCUUCAACACAUUUUAAUCAAAGCCAAGGGGUAUCCACCUGAUACAGAGCUCGUCUCGCCUUUUGCGGAGAGGCUGGUCUCCUUUCUAACCUUAUCCUCACAUCGCAGCAUCUCAUUAUUCCCAUUGCAUUUUUCCCCCACCACUGUCUUCCACGCGCUGUUUUGGGCGUGGGCUUCUCCUCACACGGGCGUUAACCAAGCAUCUAUUGUUGACUACGAACAAUUCUUGUAAAAUUGACCUUUCAUCCUUUUCUUUCCCACAUUGGUACAAAGCGUUUAUAUCAUGCCCUCUUUUUUAUACUCUAUUCCCUCCUCUCCAACUUCGUGUAAUUCGAUUUUACCAUUUUUUUCCUUCCCUUUUCUUUUCUUUUCACUAUCCAUAGGGAAUUAGAGUAAAAAAAGGCUAUGCCAAGCGAGCAAGCGAGAAUAUCCAUGACUUCCUCGCUCCCUCGGUAAGGCGGUGGAAGCGACAGCAGCACACCGGUGUAUUGCGACUCUAGAAACUCUUGAGGAACGAGAGGGGGUUGAGAAAAAAAACGUUCUUUGUGUCUUAGACACAUCUCAGGCCAUAAUGAUGGCAUUAUGUCUAGAUUAAGCAGUGAUCGCUGGGAUUACUGUUGGUUUUCAAGGUCAGCUGUUGGCUUUUGACGGGCAGAAUGGCCUUUGGGACAAGCCUUCGCCCCGAGUGGCACACAUGCCUCCUCUUGUCAAUCCCGAAAAACGAUAACAUCUACCCAAGACAUAAAAUAGUGAUAGGGGAGAAAGUUAGGUUUCUCUCAUUCCUCAAGUCUCAAUAAAUAAAUAAAUAAAAUAUCAAUAAAUAAG